GUUUUGUGAGUUGUCACUCUAAGCUAUCAUCGAUUUGUUUCCCAAUUCCCAGUUCCCACCCGUUUCUCAUUUCACAUUUCGGGCCACCUAUUAGUUUCUAUUCAUAAUGUGUAAAAAUUUAAAUUUGAAAAUUCGUUGGUCUGUUUUGGACGCCGUCUUUUCCAUUUCAUAACGUGCGGACCCUCCCGCCGAUGCGAAGUGCGGGAUCAGCAUUUGGUUAUAGAGCCACCGACUAUAGAGGCCCCAUAUGCUGCAGAUCCUUCUUAGUCUCUGAAGAUGCGUCUUCGAUUCUGAUCUAACACGCUCGCUGAUUGGUCUGAGAUCACAUCUCUGUAUAGUUUGGAGGAAAAUAAAGUUCCAUCAUGGCAACAAAAGUAAAACCAGGAGGCAAUAGAAAGAGGAUUUCAAGAUCAGUUUUCUUCAUAGUUGGCUUGUGUGGUUUCUUCUAUAUAUUAGGUGCAUGGCAACGGAGUGGUUUUGGGAAGGGAGAUAGCAUAGCUUUGGAGAUCACUAAGCAGACAGAUUGCAGUAUCCUCUCUAACUUAAAUUAUGACACCCACCACGAUUUUGAUGGAACACCUGAUAAUUCUGAAUUAAAAGUAAAGAAGUUCAAGCCAUGCGAAGAUCACUACAUGGAUUACACUCCCUGCCAUGAUCAAAUGCGAGCAAUGACAUUCCCCAGAAAGAAUAUGGUUUACAGAGAAAGGCACUGUCCUUCUGAAGAAGAAAAGCUGCAUUGUCUCAUACCUGCACCUAAAGGUUAUGUAACACCAUUUCCAUGGCCCCUGAGCCGGGAUUAUGUACCAUAUGCUAAUGUGCCUUAUAAGAGCCUGACUGUAGAAAAGGCUGUACAGAAUUGGAUUCAGUAUGAAGGGAAUGUUUUCAGGUUCCCUGGUGGAGGAACACAAUUUCCCCAAGGAGCUGAUGCUUAUAUUGACGAACUUGCAUCUGUUAUCCCAUUGGACAAUGGGAUGGUCAGAACUGCAUUAGAUACUGGCUGUGGGGUUGCUAGUUGGGGUGCAUACCUGUUAAAGAAAAAGGUUAUUACAAUGUCAAUUGCACCAAGGGAUUCUCAUGAAGCACAAGUCCAAUUUGCUUUGGAAAGAGGUGUUCCGGCAAUUAUUGGUGUUCUUGGAACCAUCAAGCUGCCUUUCCCUGCUGGAUCUUUUGACAUGGCUCAUUGUUCUCGCUGUUUAAUUCCAUGGGGUUCAAAUGGUGGAAUGUACAUGAUGGAAGUGGACCGAGUUCUUAGACCUGGUGGUUACUGGAUACUUUCUGGUCCUCCUAUUAACUGGAGGAAUAACUACCAAACUUGGCAACGUCCUGAAGGGGAACUUGAGGAGGAGCAAAGGAAGAUUGAAGAUAUUGCUAAACUUCUAUGCUGGGAAAAGAAACAUGAAAAAGGUGAAAUUGCCAUCUGGAGAAAAAGAUUAAACAAUGAUGAAUGCCCUGAACAAGAUACUCCACCUACAAGAUGUGAAUUUACAAAUGCAAAUGAUGUCUGGUACAAGGAGAUGAAAAAUUGUGUAACUCCUUCUCAUGGAGCUAAUAACUCAUGGAAUCCAUACCCAAAGAGACUCAACGAAGUUCCUUUCAGAAUAUCUGGCGGAUCCAUCCCGGGCAUAUCUGUGGAGGCAUAUGAGGAUGACAAUCGGUCAUGGAAGAAGCACGUGAGUGCUUAUAAGCGAACUAACAAAAUUAUCGACUCGGGCAGGUAUCACAACAUCAUGGACAUGAAUGCUGGUCUAGGAAGCUUUGCUGCUGCCUUGGAAUCUCCCAAAUUAUGGGUUAUGAAUGUUUUGCCUACAAUUGCUGAGAAAGAUACCCUAGGUGUUAUAUUCGAGCGUGGAUUGAUCGGCAUUUAUCAUGACUGGUGUGAAGCAUUCUCCACAUAUCCAAGGACAUAUGAUCUUAUCCAUGCGGAUGGUGUUUUCAGCUUGUACAAGGAUAAGUGUAGUGCAGAAGACAUACUGUUGGAGAUGGACCGUAUAUUGCGGCCUGAAGGGGCAGUAAUAAUCCGAGAUCAAGUGGGGCUCCUAAUGCAGGUGAAUAGAGUUGCAAAGAGAAUGAGAUGGAAUACCAAAAUGGAGGAUCAUGAGGAUGGUCCUCUUGUUUCAGAGAAAGUUUUGUUUGCUGUCAAGAAGUACUGGGUUUCAGGUGACAACGACCCAAGCUCAUGAUGAUACCUUGGAAGGAAGGAAAAUAGAAGGUUUGUCAUGCAGCGAACUCAUCAAGAUCUCUAUGAAUUUCCCCCAUUGCCCAGUGUAUGUAUAUCAUGAAAGGGCAUAGGUGCAUCUUUGUUAAAUAGAAUUGAUAGGCAUCCUUAUUCUUUAGGGUUCAUAGAUCACAAUCAUAGCCAGCAGAUUUUCUCAUUAGGAUAUUGCUUCUGCAUACUUCUCUCCAAAAAAAAAAAAAAAACCUGUACAGAUCUUCAAGGUGAUGUUUAGAUUUUUAAUCUUAGGUCAAUGAGGCUGAUGUCUAGAUUUUGAAUU